AUGACUGUCUAUUUAGAUCAAACUUCGGGUGAUCAGACCUUCGAAAUUGGGGUUUCACCAGACGAGGUGUGGAUGGUGUUGACUGGUGGUUCUCGGCCCACCUCGGCGGCUCAAUCUCAUAAACCCCCAUCAUCGUCCUCAUCCGAUUCUCCGAAAGAAACCCAUGAGCGAAAGGUAUCCAAAGGGGUCAAGAUUGAGGAGGUUCCCUCAUACUGUAACUCGUCGGGAUCAUCGGUGAACGAAUUAGUCACCAACUCUCCAUCUCCACCACCGCCAGCGCGACGACGCUUGCGCACGGUUUCGGGCAGUCGAACUGAGAAUCAUAUCAUCAACACACCCAGUGGAAAGAAGAUCUACACGAAAGGCCGUCCACCAUGGUAUGAUCGAGGCGGGAAAAAUCUCAAACAACCCUACGUGAUCGGAAUCUGUGGCGGAUCAGCUAGUGGGAAAACUACCGUAGCUGCAAAGAUCAUCGAACUCCUCGAAAUCCCUUGGGUCACCAUUCUCUCAAUGGACAGCUUCUACAAGGUCCUUAGCGAGGAUCAACACACACUCGCCGCCAAUUCACAAUACAACUUUGAUCACCCAGAUGCGUUCGAUUUCGAUCUACUAGCUGAUUGUUUGGCUCGGCUCAAAGAGGGGAAAAGUGUCGAGGUGCCUGUCUACGACUUUACCACGCAUGCGAGAGACAAAAUUGGAAAGAUCAUGUACGGCGCGGAUGUAUUGAUUUUUGAGGGAAUUCUCGCUUUCCAUCGACAAGAUAUCGUCGAAAUGAUGGAUAUGAAGGUUUUUGUGGACACAGAUGCGGACACUCGACUUUCUCGCCGUCUCAAGCGCGACAUCGAAGAAAGAGGCCGCGAUGUUUCAGGCGUUUUGGAGCAAUAUCUCAAAUUUGUCAAGCCGGCGUUCGACUCGUUUAUCGCGCCCGGGAUGAAGGUAGCUGACAUCAUAGUGCCUCGUGGUGGAGAUAAUCAUGUGGCGAUUGAUUUAAUCGUUAAACAAGUGAAGACACAACUCUCAAAGAGAGGCUACGAUGCAGUCAAUCAUAACAGAAGUCAAUGCCCGUUGAGUGAUGGAUCGCAGCCACUUCCUGGCUCGCUUCACGUUGUCAAACAGACUCCACAAGUUCGCGGUCUGCACACCUUCAUCAGAAACAAGGAAACUAAAAGAGACGAGCUUGUCUUCUAUUCGGAUCGUCUCUUCCGAAUUCUCAUCGAAGAUUCAAUGAACUUUGUCCCAUAUGAAGAUAUUGAAGUAGAGUUGGGUCCAAAGCAAAUGGUGAAAGGACGUCGAAAAAGCGUCGAGAUUUGCGGAGUGGCGAUCAUGAGAGCCGGGGAAACGAUGGAGAACAGUUUGAGAGCCGUUGUGAAGGAUUGUAAAAUGGGCAAAAUUCUCAUCCAGACAAACGAGCAAACGAUGGAACCCGAGUUGUACUAUCUACGUCUCCCUAAAGAUAUCCAUAAAUAUCAUAUUCUUCUCAUGGACGCUAUGGUGGCUACAGGAGCUGCAGCGGUGAUGGCUGUAAGAAUCUUGUUGGAUCAUGAUGUCCCUGAAGAAAAUAUUAUGUUGCUUUCAUUGGUGAUGAGCGAACCAGGGGCACACGCUUUAGCCUACGCGUUUCCAAAGGUGCGUCUUCUCACCACCGCUGUCGAUGCCGAGUUGGCUGAGGGUUUUUACGUGUUGCCCGGUAUGGGAAAUUUUGGCGAUCGCUACUACGGGACGACAACUUGUGCCGAUGAUGAUGUCAUCGAUGAUUCUUUUGACGGCGGUAGAAGUACUUCAACAGUCCCGGAGAUCACUUCAAGUUCCACUCAAUGGGGAAUAUCCGUGAGCCCAUCUGAAGGAGGUGGCUCCGUUUCUCCAAAUCUAGCGACAAGCUCAAGCCCUCUCUCAUAUUUGAAUGGAACGAGCUCAAUGUCAAAAUCGUCGGGAGCAACAACUACAAUCUUAUCGACUACUCGCAAUUCGCAAUCAACUAGAUCAACUACAAUAGUGAACACAACGAGAAGACCAGUUUUGAUCUGUUUCCCUUCUUUGGUGCUGAGCUUGGGUGAAAAUGACACAAUGAUCAUUCAACAACCAUGGGAUUUCACGAUCACCUCUAACACCACAUCAAACUCAACAUGCUCUGUCACCUAUCAUCAAUGGGAGACUGAACUAAUUUCUGGGAACUCAACGUCUCACUCAAUCUAUUUCUUGCCCGAUCAAGCUCUCGGAUUCUACAAUGUCUGCUUGACCGCUGAGUUUGAGAAACAAUUGAAUCAAACAAAAUGUGGAUUCGUUCGAGUCAUUGUUGAGAAAGGAUUGAUAUCACAAUCGGUUAUACAAAUGAGCAAUGAGAUUUUUGGGAUUUCAAAGAAUAUUGCAGAGAACUUUACAGCUGAUCCGAAUAUUGAUAAAGAGAAAAGCGUCGCUUACACUUGGUACUGUUCCACGGAAAAUGACAACAACUAUCAACCGCUUUUAGACUCAAAUUGCAUGAAUGGCUCUGCCGUUUACAGCCUUGUCAAUGGCGUCCUCUCAUUUCUGCCGAUUGGGGAGUAUUUUGGAGUUGGAACAUAUCAUCUCUUCCUCGUUGCCACCUCUAAAUCAGUGGCCUCAAUGCAACAAAACUUGACGAUCAUUCUCCACGUUUUCGGACCAACAACCUUUGAAGCCACAACAUUCUUGCCGACAACAGAGUUUGAUGAGAAUGGAAUUCACGGAAAUCGAACUCUUCCCACGACUACAGAACUGGAAACAACCGCUGAAAUGACAACAAAUAAUGGAGUCACUGAAAUGUCAACAAUUGAAGGAACGCAACCUGUGACAAAUCGGAUAGUUGAUGAAAGUACAAAUGGGGAAACAACGACAGAAGAAACAACAACGACAACGACAACGACAACGACAACGACAACGACAACGACAACGACAACGACAACGACAACGACAACGACAACGACAACGACAACGACAACGACAACGACAACGACAACGACAACGACAACGACAACGACAACGACAACGACAACAACAACGACAACGACAACGACAACAACAACUACGACAAUGACAACGACAACAACUACGACAACGACAUCAACUACAGGAAGAAACACUGAUCCAGCAAUCUCACUCGACAAUCAACAACUCUUCAAUUCAAUUGAGAACUCUGAAAAGAUUUUGAAUGAUUGGAAAGCAAACGGGAGCAAAUGGGGCAAUAAAACUCUUCUAGCUGAUGCUAUUCAAAAUAUUACGACCCCAAAACAAUUGGAUACGUUCAUCACAAAUUUACUCAGUGGAAAAUCACCCUACAAUAUUAGCGCUGAGAACACGGCUGACGUCUUGAAACAAGUCAAGCAACAAUUGACACAGGAAAACACGGAAUUAUCUGCACUUGUGAAUCAAAUGUUAGAUCAACUCGUCAACGUGACCAUUCAGACACCGGAAGAACUGCAGAAAGUCUUGCAAUCACUUGGAAACAUUUUGAAGAACGGCUUUAUUACAACUUUAUCUGGAUCGUCUGGCUCUCUUGAAGCUUUUCAAGUGUUCCAUGGAACGAUUCAAUCUGAAGGAUAUUCAUUGGUUUCGGCAAAGAGUACGCUCAGCAUUCAAGGCCAAAACGCCUACCUCGCUGGGGACAUCCGCCCGGGAAUCCUCCAGGAUCGACAAAAUCCCGAAUCCGUUGUGGUGAAAAACGAUAUCACGAAGCUUUCGACUACCGUCAGCUUCAACGCUGGGACACAAGUUGGUGUCAGCCCUGGCCCAUUUACGAACACCUCAAUUUUCGAACCUCUCUCCUUCUUCUCACUUUUUGGAGAUACAAUUAUGACUGCCUCCGACGGUUCAUCCCUAUCCUCAACACAUGUUCUUCUCUGGAAUGCGACUGUGCCGCUCUACUCGGACGAAGAAAAUGUCUCACAAAUGUUCACCUCAAUGACAGCUUGGAUGGAGAUUCAAUCCGGCAGUGUCACCAUAGAGACUGAUUCAAAGACCAAAGAAAAUCUGGUAGCUGGUCAAUUGUUGAAAACGGUAACGACGAGUGUCACCGUUUUAUUUCAAGGAAAUCAAAUCACUAUCACUUUCACUGGUGGAGAAAUGCAAGUGUUGUCAUUGACGAACACAAGUGCCGCCAUCGCCGUGCAAAGCGCUCAGCUCAAAAACCCGGACUCAUUCGACCCGCUUCUCAUCUCGAUUCUUGUGGAUCCACUGCGAUUCGAAGGUCUAUCAGCUAACUUUGUGAACUCUGUGCCCACAUCUGGUCCCUACGCAAUGCAAAUGAAACCCAGUGACUCCGGGAAAAUGCAAAUGGUUACAGCGUUUUCUGGCUACACGGCUCCUUCAGUCUCACCCGGUUAUGUGGGUGUCAAAAAUGGAACUUUUAUGCCGAAUACGAGAUUCACUAGCGCCACUGAUCUCCAGAAUCAAUUCAUUCAAGGAACAGCACUCACUGGAACGGCAAUGAUCCUAUUGGUUGGUGGUCAAGUGAAGAGCUGGGACUCGGUACAACUGAUCUACGAUGGGAAAUCGCUUCUCUUUCUAUCGGUGAACAAGAACGAUUCAAUUGUACUUGAACAAGCCACUUUUCAAUACUUUCCCACCUACAUCUCGAUCUCAAGCGGUCAAAUUGCGCAAAGAGCCGACAAGCACAUCCAUACAACUCUUGAGGUUGGAGUCGGGAAACGAAUCUUCAUCGACGAUGGACUGAUCAUUCGAAAUGCCACCGAUGGAUACGCCAUUUUGUAUGGGAAAUUCACCACCCAAGGAGAUGUCAGUCUUGGGGAUGUUUCACUCACUCAAGCAACGAUUCUCGAUCAAUCGGCACAGAAAAAGGUAAUGGAAGUGCUGCAGAAUGCUGAGGAUUUUAUUCGAAACAAUGGCAGCGGUUUAACACCCGAUCAACAGAAUCAGAUUGCUCAACAAUCACUUUCAAUGGUCACCGAUCUCUUCAAAACGAUCGAUGCCGCACUCGCCAAUCCCUCAGCUCAAGAUCUUCAACAAUCUCUCGCCUAUGAGAAACUAAACUACAACGAUAUUUUUGAUGUUUUACCAAAAGAUGCUAGCGAAAUCCGCUACGUUGACGAGUACACCGAAGAGCAGUGGGCUUAUGAGGCGACCAAGCUCAUUCAACAGCAAUUGGCUCAAGAAAUGGCGGCUCGAGUGAAAUCCCUUCUCUCCGCUGUCGAGGAUAUGUUAGUGGGAACAGAGAUCAAAAAUGGCAAUCUUCCAACUUGCAUCGUGCAAACUGGUGAUGCAAACACGCUUAGUACUUGUAUUGGAAAUGCGAGCGACGUUCUCGCGAUGAGCACGUCAUGCAACGAUUGGGUGAUAAGCCUACCGUCAAAGCCGAUUUCGUUAAACGAUACACUCUUCGAUAAUUCCCUCAUCCGCGUCUCAAUGAUUUGCUAUAUUAUCAAUCCAUACAUGUACUCGGACAACUCCCAGUAUCUCAUCACUUCUGGUGCCCUUGACAUAAGUCUGAAAGAGAUGGAGAGCGGCUUUGUGAUUCCAGUCACAAAUGCAACAGAAGACUCGACAAUCAUCGGCCCAUCAAACGCCUCUUUGUCGACUCCGAUCGAAAUGUUCACAGCCACUUUUCAGUCUUAUCAGAUCCUUGACAUUCAUGCUUUCUACACCGUUCAAUGGAACACCUCAAUUGUAGUCGAGCUGCAGAUCAAUACGAUUUCUCGCGAUUUCAACAACGACAUCUGGGUUUUUGUCUCCUAUCAAAGCUUGCCCGGUCCACGAGAUGAAGAUCACGAUUUUCGUUUCCAAGUCAAUACGUACAGAAGCAAAAAUGUUUUCUUUGUCUCUGCCCCAAUGCUCCUCAACAUGACCGGUCUUUACUAUAUUGGGGUCGGAGUUUUGUCGACCGGACUUGCCGAUGGAGUCAAUGUGGUACAGUACGAGAAACCGGGCAGCUAUGAGGGAACAGGAAAUUGGUCUUUCGAACAAGGCCUUUAUUUUGAUUACUCGAUUCGUGUACUCACCAAAGGAUGUUACUAUUUCUUGGAGGAAGAGAAUCGAUAUGACAAUCAAGGAGUCACGCCUCGCACUCCAGUGGUAAUCGGCGACUCACAAGUCGGCUGUGCCACUCGUCACUUCACUGUCUUCGCAAAUGGUGUCUAUGCCCCGGAUGUUCCUUCUGAUUUCAUCUACAACUAUAUCGAGAAAGAAUAUCCGCUCUGUGCUCAUGUUCUAUUGUCCAUCAUUUUUCUCGUCAUUCACACGAUUUGCGUUCUCUUCGUGGCUAUGAGGAACAAGCUAAACUAUUGUUUAAACCAGCCAUACCUCUACUUCAUGGCCGACAAUCAUAGAAAUGACACCUACACUUAUGUGAUUUGCGUGGAAACUGGAUAUCGAAUGUUUGCCCAAACGGAUUCCGGCAUCUUUUUCAACAUUGAGGGCACAAACGGGAAUCAAAUUCGGAGAAGACUCACCUCUAAUCGAAUCGAUCCAAAAACUCUAUUCCGAUGGGGGGAGACUGAUCGUUUUGUGAUGACCACUCCAGCUGAUCUUGGCGAUUUGACGUCGAUUCGAAUCUGGAUCGAUCACGAGGGAAUCUCUCAUCGCGAAUCGUGGUACUGCUCAAGGAUUAUCAUUAAGAAUGUGCAAACGGAGAAACAAUAUCACUUCCUCGUGGACAACUGGUUCGGACAACAGAACGGGGAUGGAAAGACAGAAAGAGUCAUCGGCGUUACGCCGAACGAAAAACGGCGACGCUUCGACGAGUCGCUUUGGAUGAGCAACUAUGCACAACAUUUGACCUACUUUGCCCAGUACAAAGGCGGAACGCUGAGCCGACUCCGUUGCUCAACCUCGACGAAUAUCUUGCUCGUUUUCAUGACCGUUACAAUGGCAAUUUGCUGCUGUGUCGUCUCGGCUUCGCGUGAGAACUAUGAUGAUCAAAAUCUCGGCCUACAACCGAACUUCUUCGGCUAUUACUUUAACUACAAAGAUCUGAUCUGUGGAGCGGUAGUGUCAUUGCUAAUGCUCUUGCCGACCACAGUGAUGCCAAUGAUCUAUCGAGCUGCGCCCUCAAACUUGGAAUGGUGGCAAUUGAAGCAAAGAUUGGUGACAAAUUCGGAUCUUGAAAGGCCAAAGCACAAGCUUCCAGUGUUUACUAAACAAAUCCUUAAUGUGAUCCUGAUGUCUCUUCUCACUUCAAUGAUUGUCUACGCGCUUCUCAUCUCAUUCCACUUCGAUGUUGAGCAACAACUGUGCUACGCGAAGCGCUUCUUCCUCACCUUUCUGCUUUGGGUUUUCUUCACGGAACCAUUAAAGGCUCUUUUCUGCUCGAUUUUUUAUGUUUUCUGUAAACCCGAUAGUGGAAUCAUCACCAAUUAUGAGAAGACUCUACUCUUGGGAAAAAGAGAAUCGAUGAAGGGAACGAUCACCACCGAAACGCGAGAGCUCGGACACACAGUAGCGGCGAUCAAUCGACUCCGAGAAAUGAAAGAUGGUCGAAUGAGAGACGAACAAUUAUUUGACACGGCUCGCGAGGUGACGAUCUUCGUCCUCUCACUCACUAUUCUCCUCGGGUUGACCUACUAUUGCCGAGAUCGAAAUGGAUUCUAUUAUCAACAGCAAGUAAGUACAAUGCUGGCGUUGGACUCACAAGUGGAUAACUCGGGUUUUAUGGAUGUGGCAACAGCAGACGAUUACUGGAAUUGGUUGAAUAAGACUCUGGUAACAGCUUUGAGAGUCUCUUGGUACGAUGGACAACCGGCUUGGAAUAUGCGAGGGUUUUUGAAUGACAAGGUCUCCCGAGCGAUGGGCUACGGUACAAUUCGGCAAGUUCGAUCAGCUCCAAAUGUCAACUGUAAAUUCGCCGACAAUCGACUCGCACAAUUUUUUGAUGGUUGUGAAGGAUUCACAAGCAAAAAAUACGAGGUGAUUGUGCCUGGGUAUACGGCUGGUUGGAGAAAUGUCAUCGAAAAUGUCACCGACGAUAUGAAAAACAAUGAUACAAUGUGCCCGUAUAUCUACAGAAAUGGAGAGGAAUUGCAAGGGAAGGGAAAA